GACGCGCUUCCUCCCUCGAGCUCUUCCGUCUCGGGUUCCGCCCUGGUGGCCCAAUGGCUUUCGUGUGUCUGUCGGUCUCUCGGUGGAGACUGGAGCCGGCGGGGCGGCUCCGGGAAGAGCUUGGCUGGGGGGCUGUUCAGUCUGAUGCCCGAGAUGCGCACAGACGUGAGAACCCUUGGCCUCUGCUGCCUUCUUUCCAGGACCAUCAUCCCGGAGGGACUUGGUCUCUUUUCUUCCGAAGCGCGUCUUCCAUUCUUAGCGCUCUAUCCAGGAUCUCAGCCUCUUGCUUGGCCAGUGUCUCAGCUGCCAGCUACGUCCACCUCAGUUAUGCCCGAAGGUGGGAAGCCUUCGCAUCGUAGACGCCACUUGGCCAAGUCCCCAGAAUCCCUUUGCCCUCAGGGAGAAUGGAAAUGGCUCUGUGGGGGAUGUCCAGACCCUGGAUAAGUUACCAGCCUACAGGGAGGCGAUUCUGGAAUUAAACUCCGUACCUCACCUGGCGUUUUGAGCUGGGAGCUGAUUGAGGCUCAGUGCAUCUUCAGAACCAGGCAAGCCUGUAAUCCCCACACCGGAGGCAGGGACAGGAGGACCGCUGGUUCCAGGCCAGCUUGGACUAUAUAGAUAGAACACCAACCCGAUAUAAAAUACAAAAUCAAAAGACAGGAUCAGCCCCAACAGUAUCUAUCUACCUAUGCUACAUAGAAACUGCCAUGAGUUAUAUCACUCUGGAUUUGUUCUUGAUCUAUGAAUCAGUCACAAAAAAAAUAUGAACACCUCCCUCUCUGUCUCACGGGUCAGACAGCUGUGAGUCCCAGAAACCUAGGAUCCCUUCUGGGCAAGCAGAGUCCCCAUGCUUCUAUUUUGCUCAGGGGAUAGUGUCUGAAGGCACCAGAGCAUGGGAAGGGAGAAGUUAGACAGGAAGUUGACCUUUCAGCCUGUGACUGGUAGUGAGGUAGACAUUCCUGCUAGGGGAAGCCCAGUCUUACACAGCACCCCUAAAGAGGUGGAGGAUGCCCUCACUAGGCUUCAGAGAGGGAAAGACAACCCCUCACAGUACAGCAACCUGGCUCCUGAAGACAUGAAGUUCACCUCCAAACACUCAGCCCCGCUGACCUGUCUUCCCUUGAAACUUCUCUGCUGGAGAGCUGACCUUAAACUUCUCCCCACCCAGGGAAAUAGAGACCUGAAUCUCUUGCCAGGCAGUGAAGAGCGUCAGAAUUACUCCAGGGUAAGGACAAGGUCCUGUCAGUGGACAGCCUUCUCUCAGCCGGCACCAGUGAGCAUCUCUGCACCUGGUCAGGUCAGGACUUAAAGCUGUCAAAGGCCUCCUCCCAUGUUCACAUGCCUGGCUUGUGUCUGCUACCCCAGGACCACCGCCCGCCAGAAGUUUGGAACUCCAACAAGAUGGCUGCUGGUGUGAUACGGUCUGUCUGUGACUUCCGGUUGCCUCUACCAACACACCAGUCCUUCCUGCCCACAGACCUGGAGGCUCCAGAAACUUCUGAAGAGGAAGAGGAGGAGGAGGAAGAAGAAGAAGAGGAGGAGGAAGAGGGAGACCAGGAGCUGCAAGAUGAGGUGCCACAGGGCUGUAGACCAGACUCCCCGAGCUCAGGAGUGGCUCCCCAGAGUCCCAGCAGCCCUGAGACCCCAAUGCAGCUGCUGCGCUUCUCAGAGCUCAUCAGUGGCGACAUCCAGCGGUACUUUGGACGCAAGGACACAGGGCAAGACCCAGAUGCCCAGGAUGUCUAUUCUGACAGCCAACCAGCCAGCUGCUCUGCCCGGGAUCUGUACUAUGCUGACCUAGUAUGCCUGGCCCGGGAUGGGCCCCCGGAGGAUGAGGAGGCUCCUGAACUCGGUGUGCAUUUGCCUGGGGGGCCUGAGGGUCAGGUGCACAGGCUGGGCCCCAGAGGAGACAGGGUGCCACCACUGGGGCCCCUGGCCGAGCUCUUUGACUAUGGGCUUCUGCAGUUCUCCAGGCCCAGAGUGUCAGCUUGUCAAAGACUGAGGCUGGAGCGCAAGUACAGCCACAUUACCCCCAUGACCCAGAGGAAGCUGCCGCCAUCCUUCUGGAAGGAGCCUGUGCCCAGCCCACUAGGCCUACUGCAUGCAGACACGCCGGAUUUCAGUGACCUUCUGGCCAGCUGGUCUGCCGAGGGCAGCGCGGAGCUGCCGAGUGGAGGCGCCCAGGCUCUGGAGGGGACACAACUGACUGAGAUCUAAUGAGUGGGAGGUCAGGACUGUGCUGGGGUAGCAGGGCCCUUUCUCGGGCACCCAGCCUCUCCUUCCUGUGGCCCAGGCACCUCCCCAGUGGGUAUAUCCAAGCAACCAAACAGUUGACGUCCCCCUCAAGAGAAGAGCAGGCCUGAGGGGAUCUGAGCUUAUCCUGAGCCUAGAGCUGCCGCCACCAGCACUGAGUAGGGAGAGCAAACGCUUGUUUAGACCUAGCCACACCUGGCUACUAGUUCUUGGAGGAUCCCACUAUACACAGCAGGCCUCAAAACUCUGCCCACAGGAAGUGGACAGAACUUAGGCAGGAACUGUGAGUCACUUGCAGACAUGUCCCUCCCAUUCUUUACCAAGCCAGCCCCAAGAUUCAAGUCAGUGGCAAAGGGCGGCUGGGUUAGGGACCAAAGAAGGCUAGGCCUCCCUGCUGUCUCUCUCUGUAGGGCUGAUGAUUCUAGUGCCGUCUCCUCAGCUAGGCUGGCAGCGAGGACGCGGAGCUUCAUGCAAAGGCCAGGUUUUCUCAAGAGGCCAUAAGAGGGACACCACUUGAUCACACAAAGAAGCAGAUAUUGACUCUCCAGAUUCAUGCUCACAAGUGGCUUCCUUUGUGGCACUUCAGUGUUAAUGGCAGCUGCGCAGGGUUGAGGAUGAUGUGAGGACACACUCCGUGUCCUCACUCCUUACAUUUGUCCUCACAGGUAGCCGGGGUGGGUCCUGACAGGUGUGGCCUGGGUGCCUCUACACAAAAAUGCCGUGAAAAGUGAUAAAAGUGCCGUGGGCUAGGCCGGGCAGGAAGGGUCCUCCAGGGCCAGACAGCUUGGGCCUUCUGAGUUUGGUCUGCCUCUCUCACUACUUGACCCCUCAUCAGGCUAUGAGCUGUGGAAAAGCCGUUCCAUCAGACAACAGGAGACCCUGGCUCCAACAGGUACGAGAAC